AUGGCACAGCCGCAAGUCAGACGCAGAACAAGUCUUCACGACAAGCUCAGAAUAAGGCAAAAGCCUUUACCCCUCCUGGAUACCGUGCCCGACAAUGAGGAAGAAAGACCGCGCUCCAGCUACCAGCCUAAGCAUGCUGCCGCCGACUUUUCUCGCUUGACGACUACACCACCACCCUCGAUUUUCAACGUAUCCCGAUCACGAGUCACAGAGUCCGAGACAAGUCAGCUAUCCCCUUCACAAACACGGCGAGUAUACCGCCGCCCAGAAUCGGCAAAUCCUCUGGCCGAGAUACGAUUCCGCGGUCAACGGCGGGACAUGGCAUCCGCAUUUUCGCAACAAGAACAGUCCAAGCCAGCUCAUCUAUCAAGACAACCACCACAGACUGUCACGAAACCGGUUCCUCUCACCGACUACGAGCUUUUCCUUGCACGAGCAGAACUCGAAGAGAGAGCACACCGGGACUUGUUACAGACUAUGGAUGCCCAGCUACAUGACAGUCUCCAUGAUCUCAUCAGGCCAAACCCUCAUCAACAGUUUGCCUCGCUGUCUCCUACGAGGCUAAGCGCAGGUUCGACCGCAGUAGCUGGGACAAGUCGGACAACGACCGGCAACAAGAGUCGUGAGAGCCGCACCAGCUGGGCCCCCCGUUCUGCAACCGGCAACACGGCGGCAGAGAUCGUUGCGUCCCAACAACACGAGGGAACUCUAGGAACACAACCUCACCAUGUCAGUUCACAUCAUCAGUCACAACCAGAUUCAAAGCGCCGUCCAAUGAUGUCCAACGGCGUCAAGGCAUCAAUACAUCGCUCAGGCACUGUAGGUCGGAUCUCGGGCGACGGCCUUGCACAGCACCUAAGGGAUCCCACUCUGAAGAGGCAAGCAAGCUUUGCCCAGAAAAUCGCCGAAUACAUUCGGCCUCCACGACCCGACGUCAUGGAUAUAUGGAGAAACGAGACAACUUUGAAGUUGACACGGUCUAAAAGUCAGGCUGGGCUAAGGAGGCUGGUGGCUGUUCCAAUUCACCACAUUGAGACGCUGGCAGAAUAA